AUGUUCGAAGCGUUUGACUUUUUUAGUUUCAUGUCUUGUCUGAGAAAUUAUUAUUGUCGAGCUUUCAGUUUUAUACAAUCUCGAUCAUCACUGAAUCGCAAUUUCACUAACGAAGCAACUGAAAUUGAGAGACGAGCUCGCGCUCUGAGAGUUCUUGAUAUCAUUUCUACGAAAUCUGGCGGAGCUUCGAAUCGCAAGAAUCAUCUUGGAAUCGUGAAGGACAUUCUGAAAACAGAGUCGAGACAAUUCAGAGGUGAAGCAAUUUCCGAGGAUUUUGAUCUCUCAAGAACAAAAAAUGGAAUUUCAAGCGUUCUGCUGGAGGAUUCUCCAAACUCAGUCAAUGGCGGUACACAGCAGCGAGAUGGGUGGAGUUUCGAUGCUUAUGGUUUAUCCUCCGCCGUGAGCUCUUGUGGGUCGAACCGGGAUUUUAAAACCGGUUCCGGGUUUCAUUGCUUAGCGUUAAAAUCUGGGUUGAUCUCAUACGUCUACGUAGGAAGCUCUCUGGUCGUUUUGUAUCGAGAUUCGUGUGAUUUGGGAAAUGCACGUAAAGUGUUCGAAGAAAUGCCUGAGAAGAACGUGGUUUCGUGGACGGCGAUGAUUUCAGGGUUUGCGCAGGAAUGGAGAGUCGAUAUCUGCUUGAAGCUUUAUUCAAAGAUGAGAAACUCAACCUCUGAUCCGAAUGAUUACACGUUCACAGCUCUCUUGAGUGCUUGCACAGGAAGUGGAGCCCUAGGGCAAGGAAGAAGUAUUCAUUGCCAAACACUUCAAAUGGGGUUUAAGUCUUAUCUUCAUAUCUCAAACUCUCUCAUCUCUAUGUACUGCAAAUGCGGAGAUUUGGAACAUGCGUUUCGUAUCUUUGACGGUUUUGUAAACAAAGAUGUUGUCUCUUGGAACUCUAUGAUCGCUGGUUACGCGCAGCACGGCCUUGCGACGCAAGCAAUCGAGCUCUUUGAAGUAAUGAUGCCUAAAAGCGGAACAAAGCCUGACGCAAUCACGUAUCUUGGAGUUUUGUCAUCGUGUAGACAUGCCGGUCUGGUUAAAGAAGGAAGAAAGUUGUUUGGUUCGAUGGCGGAACACGGUUUGAAACCAGAACUCAGCCACUACUCUUGUCUAGUCGAUCUUCUUGGCAGAUUUGGUCUGUUGCAAGAAGCUUUAAAGCUGAUCGAGAACAUGCCAAUGAAACCAAACCCGGUGAUAUGGGGAUCUCUGCUUUUCUCUUGCCGUGUUCACGGCGAUGUCUGGACCGGAAUCAGAGCUGCAGAGGAACGGCUGUUGCUUGAACCGGAUUGUGCAGCCACGCAUGUCCAGCUGGCGAAUCUUUACGCCAGUGUUCGGUACUGGAAAGAAGCGGCGAGUGUGAGGAAACGAAUGAAAGAGAAAGGACUUAAGACGAAUCCAGGUUGCAGUUGGAUCGAGAUCAAUAACAGUGUGUUCAUGUUUAAAGCUGAAGAAAGUAGCAACUGUAAGAUGCCAGAGAUUGUUCUUGUUCUUCACUCUCUCGUUGAUCACAUGGAAUUCCUCUAA